AGGCCAGGCGGUACCAUGUUGUCCAUGACGUACAGCGAGAGCCUGAGGAGCGUGAGCAGCAGGUGCCACUCGGACUGGGCCCUGCACCCCGUCCGGCAGACUGACGCGCUGGAGCUGCAGCGGCUGCGGGAGGUGCGGGCGGCCGCCCAGGCCAGGAACAUGGAGAGCUUCCUCCGCAGGCACGGCCUCUCCCUGGACGGCUGCACCGCCCAGCGCACGGGCAUGAAAUACCGGAACCUGGGCAAGUCGGGCCUGCGGGUCUCCUGCCUGGGGCUCGGAACAUGGGUGACCUUCGGAGGCCAGAUCACCGAUGAGAUGGCGGAGCAGCUCAUGACCUUGGCCUACGACAAUGGCAUCAACCUCUUCGAUACUGCAGAGGUCUACGCGGCGGGCAAGGCUGAAGUGGUUUUAGGAAACAUCAUCAAGAAGAAGGGAUGGAGACGGUCCAGCCUGGUCAUCACCACCAAGAUCUUCUGGGGAGGAAAAGCGGAGACCGAGAGGGGCCUUUCGAGGAAGCACAUAAUAGAAGGUCUGAAAGCCUCCCUGGAGCGGCUGCAGUUGGAGUACGUGGACGUGGUGUUUGCCAACCGCCCGGACCCCAACACGCCCAUGGAAGGGGACCCAUUUAGUUCCUCCAAGGCAAGGACAUUCAUCAUAGAAGAGACCGUGCGCGCCAUGACCCACGUCAUUAACCAGGGGAUGGCCAUGUACUGGGGCACGUCACGCUGGAGCUCCAUGGAGAUCAUGGAGGCCUAUUCCGUGGCCCGACAGUUCAACCUGAUCCCGCCCAUCUGCGAGCAGGCCGAGUACCACAUGUUCCAGCGCGAGAAAGUGGAGGUCCAGCUGCCCGAGCUCUUCCACAAGAUAGUAAAGGGCUACCAGUGGCUGAAGGACAAGAUCCUGAGCGAAGAGGGCCGGCGCCAGCAGGCCAAGCUGAAGGAGCUGCAGGCCAUAGCUGAGCGCCUGGGCUGCACCCUCCCGCAGCUGGCCAUAGCCUGGUGCCUGAGGAACGAGGGAGUCAGCUCCGUGCUUCUGGGUGCUUCUAGCGCAGACCAGCUCAUGGAGAACAUUGGAGCGAUACAGGUCCUUCCGAAACUGUCGUCUUCCAUCAUCCACGAGAUUGAUAGUAUUUUGGGCAAUAAACCCUACAGCAAAAAGGACUACAGAUCCUAAGAAGCCCCCACCCCGCCCCCACCCGGCCGCCUGCCCGGACCGUGUCUGUUUCCCUCCUAGUCUCUGUUCGCUCCGCUUAAGCUGUUUCAAAGCCAAGUCAGGGGUGUGGUUUGCAUCCAAACCAAAACAUCACACGCCGCCGCCGAGAUGCCGUGGGGGAAAAGAUCUCAAAAGUCACUGCAAGACACCAUUCACUGCUUCGCGGACCGAGUUCUGAUCCGUGCUGGGGAGACCACGCUGGCUGGGAAGGGUGUUGGCGCACCCGCCCAGCCCCCAGACUCGCCAGCAGCCUCUGCUCUCCCUCCAGGAAGAAGCCACCGCGUCGUCUCCCAGCCUCGGCCCUUCCCAGAGAUGCGAGUCCAGGCCUGGCCGGGACCCAGUCGGGUGCUGGGGGCAGCAGGGCCGGCCUCUCUGCUCAGCACCCCGACCUGGUGUUGGGUGGGAAAGAGGACACUGGACAUGGGGCAGGGCCCCCCAGGUGGGGGUCUCCCUCAACCUCCCUCCUUGCCAAGGGCUCCCGGUACUUGACGAUGGACCUGACCUCAGAUUCAGUCUGCACCUGCUUCUCCACCUCUCCCUGCCCUGUGGGUCUCGAAGGGGCCUUCAAGCUGGCCCUUGACCCCUACCCCCACCCUUGCUGGCAGGGGCAGAGAUCCAGGGGGAUUCCUUACCAGUUUGGGGCUCACAGAAAGUUGGGGGGGUUCGGACAAAGCUCAUGGCCCUGGCAGCUUCCUCCCGGUACACAGUUGAUCCCCGUGCGCAGAGCAGCCGUGAGCAGGCAGAGGCCUGAGGGGCAGGCUCUAGCCCAGGCCUCUCCAGGGCCCCGCCUGCCCUCCUCGCCAGGUGCCCUGCCCACCGCCCCUCUGUCCUUGCCCUAGAAAGCCCUGAGGUCAUGCGUACUUAGCUAGACUGUGGCCACUGACCACAGCGGGGCAGCCACCUACGCUCCACCCAGGCCAUGGCCUUGGGGUCUGCAGAGAGAACACACGUAGGCCCCUGGGUGCCCUGCAUGCCCGGGGUGCUGGGGAGGCUGAGUAUCCAGCAGAAGCCCCCACAGUCUAGGAAAAGUUCCCAGGAGCCUUCUCCCUGGAGCGGUGCCUUCCUCAAGGCCUCAGAGCGGGUCGGGGUGAGGCACCCCACGUUAGGGUGCUAAGUCUGGUAAGAGGUCAGGACGGCUGGAGUUAGUCAUUCCUAUCAGCGCACCCACCCCCACCCCCCCAGCCUGGAGCAAACAACCGUCAGCCUCAGGCUGGCCAGACGGAGGAGGGGACAGGCCUUCAGCCAGGCGUCCUGCGCCACUGGCCUCUGCUGGCUAUUUGGAGGCAAAAGCCCACCCACCCUGUAGGGCCCUCGGUGCCUCCGGUCCCAGCAGGAGCAGGUGGCCCCACGUCAACACCUCCCCCUUCCCGCCUACAGCCUCCCUGCGGCUGGUGCACCAGGUCAGCUUUGCCCUGCUGGGCAGAGGCCUGAGAAAGCCACAGACUUCCUGACCUUUGUGCCCACUCUGUACUUUAGAACCUUCCCCCCUCCCAGCCCAGGCCCCAGGGCGGGGAGCGGGGGGUCAUCACCAGAUCUACAGGCUACACGCUGUGGGUGUGGGGAGGGGGGAAGCCUGUCCCGGCAGGGCCCCCCCACCUGUGGCCACUGCCCACCACCACACGGGGCGUGUGUCUAGCUCUCUAGCCCCCAGGUCAGGCGAGGAUCAAGCUCUGAUCUGGGCUGGGCAGCCGCAGCCGCGCUGAGGGACCAGCUUGCCCACCCUCGCUGGUGAGAGCUGCUGGGCCCCCUUCAUGGAGAGCCCCACCUGGGAAGGCAGGCCCCCCGUUGGCCACAUGUUUGCCAGAAGGAGCCGAAGGCCCCCAGAGCUGAGCUGGGCCAAGGCCGAAAUGCCCACCGCAAGGACCCAGGCAGCCUCCCGGUCCUGGGAGCCUGGCCACAGCCUGGCUCUGAGCUGUCCUGUGUCUCCCACACCCACUCGCAGGAAGGCCCCAGCUCUGCUUCCAGGGGGAGGGCCCCUGGCUCAGAAGGGAUCUGGGGUGGGGCACCACCUCCGGGGUGGCCAGAGUCUGGAAACACGCUGGGCAGAGUUGGGGCCUGGAGGAGUGGCCUGGGCCCCCUCGCGGGCUUACGCCGGCCACCUGGUCGAGGGACGCCUCCCAGCCUCUGGCCCUGCCCUUGAGGCGGUUUGCCCAGGGGGCACCCCCAUCCCAGGAAUGCCCAGCACAAGGAGGAGGCCGGCUCUGGGAACAGGCCUGGGAUGGGUCUCCCCUGCUGACACACGGAGCCCCCCCCCCCAUUCUCAUCCCAGAUUCAGUGCAAAUCCGAGGUCCGAGGUCCAGAGGAAUGACAGAGGGGCUCGCUCGUUCUUCUGUCAUGUAAAUAAUGUGCUUUUUUUCCCCCCCCCCCUUUUUUUACUGACUGGCUCCUCAGCUAAGUGCGCUCCCUGCAAGGCAGACAGCCUCCUGCCUCGCGCUUCCAGACGACCCUCAGCGAGACACAGCCACCGUAUUUAUGGAAUGACCAAUAAAACCCCAGCCUGUCGGG